UGUGUCUGUUUUGGGUUUAAACAGUGUUUAGUGCUGAGUUCUCGUUGUUGUCUAUAGUGAUGUUGGGGUGAAGACUCAAAGGUAGCUUUUGAGCCGGUGGGGUCGAAGCAGAAGAAAAAGGGGGUAAAGUGUGAGGGGAGAGGAGUCUGUAGUGGGCGGAGAGGUUUAAGGUUGGUGCUGAAGUUUGGCCGCAGGCGAAAACGAAACUGCCUGACGGAGAUAGAGAAAGCGGGGCUGAACGGCUGAAGCGCGGAGAUCCCACUGUGGGGAAAUAAGUAAAAGACAGGAUGGUAGAAGAGGAGAACCAUUACGGAAAGCAUGGUGAGCCCAGAAAAUAUGACCCCGACUUCAAAGGACCCAUUCAAAACAGAGGCUGCACAGACAUUAUUUGCUGUAUCCUUUUCAUCAUAGCCAUAGUUGGCUAUGUUGCUGUGGGAAUACUUGCAUGGUCUCAGGGUGACCCCAGGAAGGUGAUCUAUCCCACAAACAGCAGAGGGGAGUUCUGUGGGCAAGUUGGAACUUCUCUGGAAAAGAAACCCUUCCUGUUCUACUUCAACAUCCUGAAAUGUGCCAAUCCGAUAGUCCUCGUGCAGUUUCAGUGUCCUACCACACAGCUAUGUGUGGAGCAGUGCCCUGAUCGCUCCAUGAGUCUAUUAAAUGCCGUAAUGAAAUCUGAGGACUUCAGUUACUACAAGACGUUCUGUAAAGAGGGUGUGACCCACGACAUGACGGCCCAGGUAAUCCUGAAAAACCAACUUUGUCCUGCAGUGCUCAUCGCUAGCAAACCAUUCACACGUAGGUGUUUCCCAGCUCUGGGCCUGAAGGGGGGUGAGAUCACUGUAGGAAAUCAGACCACGUUUGAUGAUGGAGUAAGCAACAACAGAAAGGCCAGUGAUCUCUUGCCUGCAGUAAGGAAUGCCACAAUAGUAAUUGAGACUCGUCUGGUGGUCAUGAAGAUCUUUGAGGAUUACACACAGUCAUGGUAUUGGAUUGUCAUCGGUCUGGUAAUAGCAACUGUCCUGAGUCUGAUCUUCAUCGUGCUGCUGAGGUUCCUGGCUGGUAUUAUGGUCUGGGUCAUGAUUAUCAUGGUUGUCCUCGUCAUCGGAUACGGUAUCAUCCACUGCAGUGUGGAGUAUGUUCAUCUGAAGAACUCACCUGGUGCAAACAUCACCCUCAGGGAACUGGGCUUCCAGAUGGACUUGAACGUGUACCUUCACAUCAGACAGACCUGGCUGGCCUUCAUAAUCAUUCUGGCCAUAGUGGAGUUGGUGAUCAUCCUGCUGCUCAUCUUCCUCAGAAACAGGAUCAGAAUCGCCAUUGCUCUCAUCAAAGAGGCAAGCAGGGCCAUCGGUCAUGUGAUGUCAUCCCUGUUUUAUCCCCUGUUUACCUUCGCUCUCCUGGCUGUUGUCAUUGCAUACUGGGCCAUCACAGCUGUCUUCCUCUCCACUUCUAAUGAACCUGUGUACAAAGUGUUCAAUGAAGGCAACAUGGAGUGCUAUCAUUCAAACAAAACCUGCUACCCUGAGAACUAUACGGAUUCUAACAUGAAAAAAGACUGCCCAGAGUCCCAGUGCCUUUUUGCUUUCUAUGGUGGAGAAUCGCACUACCACAAGUACCUAAUCUUCCUUCAGUUCUACAAUGUCUUCCUCUUCUUCUGGUGUGCCAACUUCGUGACUGCCUUGGGCCAAAUGACCCUUGCGGGAGCCUUUGCCUCGUACUACUGGGCUUUCGAGAAGCCUCGUGAUAUGCCAGCCUUCCCUGUCUUUGCUUCUUUUGGCAGAGCUCUCAGGUUUCACACAGGUACUCUUGCAUUCGGCUCUCUCAUCUUGUCAAUCAUCCAAGUGAUCAGGGUUUUGCUGGAGUAUCUGGACCACAAACUCAAAGGAGCAGAGAACAAAUUUGCCAAGUUUCUGCUCUGCUGCCUCAAGUGCUGCUUCUGGUGCCUGGAGAAGUUCAUCAAGUUCCUCAACAGGAAUGCUUACAUCAUGUGUGCCAUUUAUGGUAAAAACUUCUGCACUUCUGCCCGAGAUGCCUUCUUCCUGUUGAUGAGAAAUGUGAUCAGGGUGGCCGUCCUGGAUAAAGUCACAGACUUCUUGUUGUUCUUAGGAAAACUCCUUGUUGUGGGGGUUGUGGGAAUCAUUUCCUUCUUCUUCUUCUCUGGGAGAGCAAAAGGGGUGGAUAUUGUGCCCAAUCUGCACUACUACUGGGUGCCCAUUCUGACUAUUGUCGUGGGCUCUUACCUUAUAGCACACGGCUUCUUCAGUGUGUAUGCCAUGUGUGUGGACACACUCUUCCUCUGCUUCUGCGAGGACUUGGAGCGCAACGAUGGCUCAGCGGCCCGGCCGUUUUACAUGUCCACCACGCUGUGCGAAAUUCUUUCCAAGAGCACGGAGGAGCCCAUGGCCCAUUCUCCAUCUUCACCUCAGGACGAGGAGGUCCCACUGAAAAUGCGAAAGGACUCCAAGGAAUGAGGCUGGAACACAUUAGUGUUAAGCAGACAAAGAUUAAUCACUUUGAAUACUUUGAUUCUUGUACAAAGGCAGUAGCUGAUAAAGGAGGUAUAUUGUAAUGAUAAAUUGUUUGUAAAAAAAAAAAAGCACCGUAAUGAUAUACAAUGUCAGUAAUAGUCAAUACAUCAUGCCUACCCUUAUUGUUUAAACAUUUCUUAAUGAAGUAAUUGUCCACUGCGUUUAAAGAAUGAGAUUGGUGUUAGUCCAUCACAGUGGCAUCCAGUCAGUGGCAAGCAUUUAUAUUAUGACUAUGGCAAAAUCAGGUAUUGGAUACAAUUCCAUACUGUGGUAUGUGCUAUUCCCAGUAAGUUGCUCAGUAUAUUGGUGUCUACAACAUAGAGACCUAUAAGCUAAAAAAAAUUGAGGGUGCUUGGUUUAAAUGCAUCCAUUUGGGACAGGCUCUGCAUGCAUGGCACCUGGCAUAUUGGUCGAUCGUGGUGGUGUGUGUGGUUUUUUAAAUUUAUUUAUUUAUUUAUUUAUUUUUAAAUGAGCUAAUUUGCUUAGCUAUAAUAUCUGAAUUCGGAUUGCAAGGUGAAUUAAUAAAUUCAGAUUACAAGCUACAUUAAUAAGCUAAUGCAUUUUACUUGCAUUUAAAUACCACUUUUUUCGCCGUCUUUGUUAGACAGCUAUAAACAAACCACUUCAAUAUGUUUGGUCCUCAUCUGUAUCUCAAAGAAAUGUGGGUAUUAGGUCACUUAUGAGUCUACAUCGCUGCGGUUCUUGCGGGAACCUGUGGCAAGCAAAAUCAGAAAUGCUGAGUGUACCAUUUGGAGCUGGGCUUGAAAGUUUAGGUCAGGGGUGUCAGAAUAGGUUCCUUCUGGGUCACACUUGUGGGCACUUUCUUGUCGUUUCCUUUAUGGAAAUGAAGAGGGACAAGAGCAGUAACCAUAUUGAACAUACCUGAGACAGUAAGGAAUCUCAUGCUGUUUCUUGUUUCAUCUUGCACCAGGGCCCUAGCUAGCUAUCUUAGCAGGUUACCUUUAAGGCUCUGUAUGGUUUAAAAAUGUUUUUAAAAAAUUGCCUUCUUCCACAGAUGAUGUAAACCUGUUUCAGUCGAAAGCCUUUCCUCCAAAUCCACAGUCCUCCAAGUCAACAGUUGUAUAUAAAACCAAAUAUUUUCAUGAUUAUGUACAAACUUAUGUACUGUUGCUAUUUGCACAUUUUAAAAUUGACCAAAUCAGUGGGAUACAGUGCUUUAGGCAAAAGAUGUUGUGCCACCAGUGCGAUGCCAAUGUGAAACACCUAACUUGUCCUUUAAAUGGCAGGAAAUGCUCAUAAAAGCAUUGCUUGGAAGUGUGAAUGCAAGUUCUACAGCUAGAAUUCAGGUUUAAAUCUCAGCUGUACCAUAUGGUGUUUGCAGGUGUAUCUGUAUGCCACUAGUUAGUAGUUUGAAAUGUUUGUUACUGUUGUCUGUUGAAGAAAAAAAUUUACAGGUUACUUUGCUAACACAUAUACAUUACAAGGGAUUUUACUAGCGUAAGUAUCUCUCUAAUGUUCAUAGCAAUAUGCCGGUAAGCUGAUACUCAGGCUAGUUUUUGCUGAAUCUGUAAGCCAUUUUCUAGACAGUAGCACUACAGCCAAAGUUUUUGUUUAGGUUUUUUAAUUCUGAAUGUCAUAGGCUGAAAGGUUCCACUAACAGAGUAAUUCAUGCCUCAUUAAUUCAUAUGCUGUUUAAUUACACAUAAUUUGAUGCUAUUUUGUGUUGUUUUUGGACAAAUCAAACAAAGCUCACUUUUACUUUUGAAGCGUACUGCUGCACUUUUUCCAAACAACAAGCCUUAUUACUGUGCCUGAGCCCAGUAAAAAACCUCUUUGCCUUGAAAUGCAUGGACUAUUUGUGUCCUACUUUACCAUCGAUACGUCCUUUUGAGACUUUUCUUCCUUCCUCUUUUCUCUCUCUGUGUUUGGAGUGGUGCUUUUAAACGUAUAUUAAAAACUCUUCCUGUUA